AUGGACCUGGAAGCCGUAUCUGUGGCGAGCGGUUGGCCGCUGUCGGUGCUUGGCGAUGCGUCGAAGUCACCCAUAAUCGCGCGGGACGUGGCGGAAUUUCUGGACUUCGUGUGCCACGGCAGUCACGCUCGGGGGCAGAUGUGCGUGCUCGCAGAAGGAAUCGACCGGCUCAAUCUUUCAGCCUCCGCCCCGGAGAACUUGCUCCAGGCUUGCGCGAGCAAGCUCUCAGCUGCGGACGCAGUGCUGGAGGCUAUUGACCAAGAUGACGAAGGAGCAGAAGUCGACUGCCUGGAUGGUCAACUGUACUGGUGGCCGGCCGGGGAGCGCCACAGGGAAGAGGUCCUGGGUGGAGACAUGCGUUCGAAGCUUCUCCGCUUCCGAGAGUUCUCGGCGUCGGAGGUGGGCAGCUAUGUCGCGGAGCUGAAGCGCAGCCGAAGGUGCCCACACCCCUCCUCGGGCGAGCACACGGACACGCUCACCACGGCGGACGUCAAGGAUCUUUGUCCACAGCUGCCGCUCUUUGAUCGUGGCCACGCCUUCGUGGGCGCCGCGAACGCCGGGAUCUGCCUCCACGUCGACCAGGCUUGGUGGAGCAACAUUGCCAAGAAUUUCCUCGGCCACAAGAUCGUCGCUGUUUGGGGUCCAGACUCCGAUGUUCUAAAAACCUGUGGUGGAGAGCUCUUUCGACGGCCGCUGAGCGCAGUGCAAGAGCGUGCGUUGAGCACUGCGCGAUCCGUGGCCCUGCUGCGGCCCAAGGAUGUUGCGAGCUUCUCGGGAGGCUUGCCGCACGCUACCCUGGUGGUGGGGAGCGAGCUGAACCUUACUUUCUACGAGAGCUUCCUGAAUUGGAACUGCGAGAACUUGGAGUUGCUUUUGAAGGGAGCCCGUCGAUCCAGGGAUCAGGCGUGGUGGCAGAACAACAUGAGUGCCGGCCAUUUGAAGACGGUUCUGGAAGACAUCCGGCGGGUGGCUGCAAAUGAGCGCACCCGCAGCGUGGAGACAGAAGCAUUCUGGCAAGCGCUGUGCGCCAGGCAGCCAGAUGCCGUGGCAGCGCCCGACCCAGAUGCAGGCCGUCGGGCAAGGGGCGGCUUGCUGGAGAUUGCGCACAAUUUCGGCAGGAAACAAGACCUGCAGACCAUCAGCGUCGAUGUGAGGGUGCAAUGCACAGGCAAUGAGGAGGUGGGAGACUUCGAGACACCAGAACAAAACGGCAGUGCUCACAGUUCCCAUCUCACACAAGCCCGAAGCCUUCAAGCCUAA